AUCCUCCCUCUCUCCUUUUUCUUGCUUCCCACGCUUACGUGCACAUACACCCAUACGCAAGAUGGCCUCGCAACCUCGUCUCAAGAUUGCCUUGAUCGGUCUCGGCCGUCUCGGUGCCAUUCGCGCUCGUAUCCUGGCCUUCCAACAACCUCGCAUUGAGCUAGUUGCGGCAUGUGACACAAAGCCGGGUAGCGACAAGUGGGUGGCUGAGAAUCUGCCUCCCACUGUCAAGUAUUAUGCCGAUCCUGAGGAUUGUAUGAAGAACAGCGGUGCUCAGGCUGUCCUCAUCUCCACGGCAACCGCUACACAUGCUCCCUUGAUCAUCUUGGGUCUUGAUCUCGGUCUGCAUGUUAUGUGCGAGAAGCCCAUCUCUGUCGAUGUCAUCACUACCGAAGAGGUCCUUGCCAAGGCAAAGUCUAAGCCUGAGCUCAAGUUCCUUGUUCCUUUCUGCCGACGAUACGAUGAUUCAUACCGUGCCGCCAAAGAGUUGGUCGAAAGUGGCUCACUAGGCGAGAUUCAUGCCGUCGAAACCAACUGCCUCGACCAGCAGGAUCCUACUGGAUUCUUUGUCACAUUCUCCGCUCAAUCAGGAGGUAUCUUUGUCGACAUGGGUGUUCACGAUAUCGAUAUCGGUCGAUACUACCUCGACGUCAAGUCAGGGCUCUCGAACCCCAAGAAACAGGUCAACCGUGUCGUUGCGAUGGGUCAACAGGCUGUAUAUGGAAAGCUCGCCGAGUAUGGUGACUGUGAUAAUGGAUGGGCGUUGGUUGAAUUCGCCAACGGCAAAGUUCUCACCUCUCACUUGGGACGCACCCUCACGAACGGUUUCGAAAGCACCACUCGCGUGUGCGGUACAAAGGCACACUCUGUCAUCAACGGAAACUCAACCAUUAACCGCGUCGAGGUUCGUGAUGCCCACGGUGUGCGAACAGCCACUACUCCCGAUGCGUUUGUCCUCUACGACAAGUCCUUCUUGAACGAUCUUGCUGAGUUCGCAACUGCUGUCCUCGACAACAAGCCUCUCACGUGCACACCGGAAGAUGCAUAUGAGGCUGCCAAGAUCGCGACUGCUCUGCAGUAUUCUUUCCGAAAUGGAGUCCCGGUUUACUUUGACGACGAAGGCCGACCCAUUUUGGAGACACCCAAGGUGAAUGGGGCAGCAUAAGACAAGGAACAAGGUUGAAUCAAUGGCCAGGUUGAAAUUAUGGGGUUCUUUAUCGACAAAAGCAGAGAUAUAAGGCAAAUGAAUAUUCUUUUUGCAUCCUUUC